GCCCAACAACAGCACACACCGCGGAACUUUGGUACAACGGCUCCUGUUGCAGUGGGGUCUCAUCAACGGAACGGACGGAGGGUGUCGAGAGAAAACAAAACAAACCUAGCUUCCCGUGUUCAGCAAUAGUAAAUGUCGCGUAAACGAAACUGAAUUUAACAUAAGCUCAUGUUAUUAUUAUUAUUAUUAUUAUUAUUGUUAUAUCAUUCAGAGACACAAUUUAUCAUUUUUUGGAGCGAUUUAGCAAACCGCGUUUGCUGGAGCUAGCUCAGCUAGCUUGUAAGUUAGCUUCCGCUGCACGACCGUGAGAUUGAGCAACUCUGGAAACACGAACGUGAUAUAAAACUGUCACUGUGGAGUCAUGCGUGACGUGCACCCGCUGCCAGUUACUCAAGAGAAGCCUGUCCACUUCAGAGCGGCGGAGAAGGGUUCGCGUCCAUCGGCGUGAGACUCAGGCUUUCUGUGUGACCGUUGUUCCGUGGAAAAAAUGCCUGGGAUGGUGGUGUUUGGUCGGCGCUGGGGCAUCGCCAGCGACGACCUGGUCUUUCCCGGCUCCUUUGAACUCUUCAUCCGUGUAUUGUGGUGGAUUGGCACGAUGAUCCUCUACACUCACCACAGAGGUCAUUUUGAUUGUAAUGGGAGGGGAGUUCUUAACACCUACCUGGUCGGACUGUUUGUUGUGCUUGGGCUCAUCAUCCUUUCACUAUGGGCCAUCGUCUUUGUCAGUGCUCAAGGCACCAUCACUAACCCUGGCCGCCGGCGCUCCAUGCCUGCGCUGGUGUACGUGCGAGCGAUCCUGUACAUUCCUGAGCUGGUGUGGGCCUGUCUGGGCACCGUGUGGGUGUCUGAGGAUAGUAAAGGCUGUGAUCUCGCCACAGUGGGUUCCGUCAUCGCAGCAGUGAUUGCCAGCUGGAUCAUCCUGCUCUUCACCGCAGUAGGUGUGGUGAUCGUGUUUGACCCCCUGGGAAGCCCGCGCCGCCAGCCCGCCCCCAUGGAGCCGCUGGGAGUGAGAGACAUGCAGACCACCAACCAGUUCUUCUCCAUCGCUCGCUCCAUGGCCGACAAAGUGUGGGAGUGCAGGCUGCGGCUGAUGUGCUGCUGCCUGCCGCAGGACGAGAGUAACCGGGCGGUGUUCUCCAGCAUCGGGAAGCUGUUGAGCGGAUUCUUCUCUGACACAGAUCUGGUCCCCAGUGACAUCGCCGCUGGUCUGGCUCUGCUGCACCAGGAUCAGGACAAGAAGGAGCAGAGCAGAGACCCGGACACCAUCGUCGUUCACAGCCCGUCCUCUCCCAUCGAGGAAGAUCUGGAGGCAGAGCUGGAGAAAGCCGCUCACUGGAUGCUGUUUGCUGCAGCAGCUUAUGGAUGGCCACUGUACGUCUACUCCAACCCGCUCACCGGGCCCUGUAAGCUCAGCGGCGACUGCUGCGGGAGUCGCACCGACGAGUUCGACAGCGUCGGCGGAGACAACGGCGGCUGCCACUUCUCGUCCGUCCUGCUCACCACCGGUCUGCAGUACAGAGACUUCAUCCAUGUCAGCUUCCACAACCAGAUCUAUGAGAUCCCGUUCUUCGUGGCUCUGGAUCAUAAGCGGGAGGCUGUUCUCGUGGCUGUCAGGGGAACUCUGUCACUCAAGGAUGUCCUCACAGAUCUGUCCGCUGAGUGCGAGGACAUGCCUAUAGAGGGAGUGUCCGGAGCCUGCUUCGCUCACAAGGGCAUCUGUCAGGCGGCCACUUACGUCUACAAGAAGCUGAUCAACGACGGCAUCCUGAACCAGGCCUUUGCUGUCGCACCGGAGUAUAAUCUGGUGGUCACCGGUCACAGUCUGGGCGCCGGCACAGCAGCGCUGCUCGCUGUCCUGUUACGCAGCUCCUACCCCACCCUGCAGUGCUACUCAUUCUCUCCACCAGGGGGCCUCAUGAGUCAAGCCUUGUCCGAUUACUCUAAGGACUUUGUGGUCUCCAUCGUGCUCGGGAAGGAUCUAGUUCCCAGACUGAGCAUUCCAAACAUGGAGGAUUUGAAGAGAAAGAUUCUUAAAAUUGUGUCAAACUGCAAUAAGCCCAAGUAUCUCAUCCUGCUCCAGGGUCUGUGGUACGAGCUGUUUGGGGGGAGCCCGGACGACGCCCCCACCGAGAUGGACAACAGGCGCGAGCAGCAGCUCAGCGAGCCGCUGCUGGGGGAGGAGUCACUGGUGAUUCGCCACUCGUCGUCCUAUCAGAGCGUGGGAUCCGACGACUCGCCCGUCCACAAGCCCGCACAGCUGUUUCUACCUGGACGAGUCCUGCACAUCACGGAGGACGGGCCGUCACGGAGAUCCUGUUUCUCACAGGUCAGGUACAGCGCCGAGUGGUCCGACCAAAUGUCGUUCAGGAGUAUUUUGAUCAGCCCCCAGAUGCUGACCGACCACAUGCCCGACGUCGUGCUUGGAGCUCUCAACAGCCUGGCCACCGAGCGUCCCUUCUCCAUCUGCCCGUCGUCCUUCAACAACAGCCAGCAGCACAACAUCUGAUCUGAGACGUCACACUUGACUCCUCGUAUCCUGUGUGCGUGAAGCCUUUUGUUCUCUCUGUUCUCUGUUUGUCUGUAAAAAAGCCAUUUGAGUGGCUCAGAAUCACGGAGGCCCACGCAAUUUAUCCCCCGGUGCCUCUUGACUCGAUUGGCCUCUUGACUUCCAUGAGUGAACCUGGUAGGGUUAAAGGGAUAGUUCCGUUAUUUUCAGGGUUCCCACAAGUCCUUGAAAUCCUGAAAGUUUUUGAAAAUUGCUCUAAAUAGACAUGGGUCAUUGAAAGUGCUUAAAUGUUGUGCAAGAAAGAGGUUAAGUUGAUAUUUAGAUAAAUAUUGCUUGUUCAAUGUAGACUAGGUCUACGCAGGACAAAACGUGGAGUCGUGAUUACUUGCGGUGUUGUGGACACUGUCCACUGUCCACUGCUCUCUCUCUCGUCGCCGUUGAUGUGAGAAUCCGCGCAGAACAAUGAGUGAGUGAAGUUGAGCAAGAGAGAAAAUUCCAACAUCUCCGUCUCACCAAAGACACGUUACAAAAGUCGCUUGAGCAGAUGUGGAGCGUUCUGCACAUCAGUGAAAGUGGGGACGCCGUCAUGGGCGAAGACGCUCUUACACGUUGUCCUCCACAUUUUAUUAAGCUGUCAGCAUAUCCAGGUCCUUGAAUUUGAGGGGAAUUGGUCCUGGAAAGUCCUUGACUUUGAUGUCAACAUAGGUGUGGGAACCCUGCUUUUUUUGCUUUUUUUUCCAAGAGAAAAAAGGAAUAUGUUUACCAAUUUAUCACAGUUUUUUCUAAUCUUGUCACUCUCCUGCACCAAAGUCCAUAGAGAAAAUCAGCGAUUUUUACAUCAC